UCAAGAGAGGAGGAAAGUUUUCACAGUCGGGACAGCGUUGCCUAGCAGCUAGGCAGAGAGGACUCUAACUACUUCACGUUAGCGCUUUCUCUUUGAAAAAAAAAAAAAGUAUAUCCAGGGACCGCGGACAUUUCCCUUCGCACUCUGUCUGUCACCCGUCUUCUCCCCUCUUCGCUGUCUCCAUGCCAAACAUGCCCCAGACCGUGACACUAAAGGGACCCUCUCCUUGGGGUUUUCGACUGGUGGGAGGACGGGAUUUCAGCACACCGCUAACCAUCUCCAGGGUAACACCAGGCAGUAAGGCAGCCCAAGGUGACCUUUGUCCAGGUGACACCAUCCUGGCUAUCAAUGGCGACAGCACGGAGCACAUGACACACAUGGAGGCUCAGAACAGGAUUAAAACCUGCACUCAGCAGCUCACACUCAGCAUCAGCAGGUCGGGAUCAGGAGACAGAGUGUGGUCGCCAACUGUUAGCGAAGACGGCAAGACAAGCCCUUACACGGAGCCUGACUCACAGAAUUUCCGUCCCAUCACCAGCGGAUAUGGCGGUUACAGCCGUAAACCUUCCUACACCCCCGAGCCCCAGUCUCCACAGCCCGCCCAGCCUGCCCAGCCCGCUCACCUGAAUAACGGACACUCCAGACCCAACAACGGUCAUAGCUACGGAUACGGAAACGGAACCGGGCACGCUCAGUACAACAAUCCGGCGGGACUUUACGGCGGCAGCAACGGAGACAGGUCUCUGCCGAGCAAGAUGGGGGGCCUCAGCAUCAGUGCCACACACAGCCCAGAGCCUCCCAUACACUCCCCUGUGGGUCGUAAUGGUUUCGACACGCAGUCAGACGUCUAUAAGAUGCUGCAGGACUACGAGGAGCCUGUCUCUGAACCCAAGCAGUCUGGCUCCUUCAAAUAUCUCCAGGGAAUCCUGGAGGCUGAGGAUGGAGGUGUGUCACCAACAGAGAGGAUGAGAAACUUAAAGUCUCCAGUCAGAUCUCCAAUCCCCAAACUGGGAAGCCCCAUCCCCAGCCCCAUGUCUGGUCUUCAGAAGCUACCCCAGUGCACACGCUGCUGUAAUGGCAUUGUUGGCACCAUCGUGAAGGCCAGGGACAAGCUCUACCACCCCGAGUGCUUCAUGUGCGACGACUGCGGCGUCAACCUCAAGCAGAGAGGCUACUUUUUCAUCGAGGACAAUCUGUACUGUGAGACCCACGCCAAGGCACGCGUCCAGCCCCCGGAGGGCUACGACGUCGUCGCGGUGUACCCCAACUCCAAGGUGGAGCUGGUCUGAGACGGAGAUGGAGCUGGUCAUACUGUAAUAUUACUGGGAAACCAAAAUAUGGGAGAACGGGGCUACUGAGUAUCCUAGCAUAGAUUUAUCAGGCUCUGUCAAGCAGGAAUGUCGAUCUUGGAUCAGCUUUUGUCUUUGGGAGAGUCCUGUGAAAUUUGUGUUUCAGUGAUCCGAUAUCAGCCUUUCUACACAGACAGACCUGAUAAAUGCCAUGUAUAUUGAGCAUAUUGAGAAUAAGGCAGGGGUCUGAGGAGUAUCCCAAAACUCCAAUCCAUUAAAAAGCCGACAUUGUAUGCUAUGUCCCAAUCUGACAGCCUUCAUCUCACAAUCAGCGCAUUUACAUUGAAUCUCAGAUACAAAACAACCAGUCAUACUGUCCACAUCACAAGCACAGCAUAUUACCAGAGCAAUAAACAAGACAAAUGCAGAAAUGUUAAAAAAAAAAAAAAAAAAAAAAGUCAGAGGAAAAUGGAAUGAGAUGCUCAGGCAGUUUGAGAUGACUACACCAGCAGCCAGUUAUUUGUUUUUAUAACAAUCCUCACAUCAGUUUAUCACCAGCAUCAUAUCCAGUGUACCAUGACAACCCUCACUUAAGCCUUAACUGUAGAAUGCUAAUGUGUGUGUGAUAUGUGUUACCAUAAGAGAUGUUUGAGCUGAUUGGUUUGUUUGCUGUGAUGAAGCGUGCAGAGGAGUUGGGAGGGGGGGGGGUUCUGCCUUCGGACUAAUUUUGCAUUUAGCCAUUAUAACGCCUGUUUCCCCAGCAGCACACUCCACUAGAAAAAUGUCUGUGUUUUGCAAAGUCAUCUAAGGUGUAGUGAUAUAUUGUUGUGAGUUUUGGUUUUUGGGUUUAAAGGUUUCUGUGUCUUUUUAACUAUGUUACAGUUACACAUUAUACUCCUGUUGCGGAUAGACUUUUGCAUUUGUAAUUUACACGUUAAGCAGUUUACUUCUAUGUUGCAAAAGUGGGGAACAUCUCUCUUUGAUUGCCACUUUUUAUGCUCACUUUUCAGUUAUAAGAAACAAUAAACAGUAAGUCAUUAUUAGCGCAUCGGGUACAGGUGUAAUUGUGAGUGUCUGGAAUGUGCGUCCGUAUGCUUUGGGGUGUGGGUUUACUGAACUAUAACCUAUAGUGGAAGCCUCCAUAUGUGGCUAUGCAAGCACCACCUUCUGAUAUGUAAACAAAACCCUGCAGGAGACGCCCUCAAAGCUCUGUGAGAAACUCUAGAACUUCAGUCUCAAGAAUUUCUCCCAGAUCUGAUCACAACAACCUCAAUUUAUAUUCUGUAAAAUGAUGCUUUAACAGUGAAGUAACUUAGUCCAGUGCAGAGAAUGAAUGCAGUGAUGAUAUUUUGAGCAAAGUAGAUAAAAGCGCUUCUGGCUCAUGCACCUGACUGAGAGAGGAAUUCAAGUUCACGCGGACGAGUUCACUGGGUGUGUUUAUUAAAAACACUGCAGGUUAACACCGGUGCACUCUCUGGCCCUCGUGUUAACCUUUAAAAAAUGCUCAUGUGCAUUCGAGACAAGAGAUAUGACCGUAGAAAACUGUUAGAAACUCAUAAACUGGGACUCCACAGCCUAAAACAUGUGGGAGUAAUAUUCACUUUGUUUUGAUUUUUGGACCCGCUACAUAGAUUCAUUACAGUUCCUCUUUGGAAGACGGAAAAAGACAGAAGUUGGAAGUAUGCAUAGUUUCCUUCCCUUCCUACUAUGAAUUCAGAUUCCUGGUCACAGCCAAGUACAUGAAACAAAUGAAAUAUAUUUCCACAUUUCCUCUGAGAGAGUUGGAGGGGGGGUUGCUGAGGAAGAGAAAUGAGGGGACGGCAUGUGUUUUCUUCUCUUGACAGUCUUCCUGCGAGGAGAAAGAAACGUGCCAUUAUGACUGCAAUAUGUGGCCAUCUUUCUUGGCUUAUUGUGAAUAGUGAAGUAAACUGGGUGGAGAGGAGUGAUUUUAUUCUUAAUUUUAAAAAAUGUCUCUAACAAAACUACUUCUGUCAUUUGAAAUGAGAAUGAGAAAAUUAAUUUUGCCGUGCUGAUAUCCAUCUUUUUUUUUUUUUCUUCUAAGUUUCAACAAUGUUGCGUAGCCACUGGUAUGCCAUCUAUACUAGUUAUCUUGUAAAUUAUGUGAAAGUUAUAUUGCUACCACAUUGUCUCUUUGGUAUUGUACAUAUUUGUUUUAUCGUGAUUGCUUAAACAUAUAUAUAACAUGUCACUCACAUGCCUUUGCAUAGCCUGUGUCUUUAAAUGAUUUCUUUGACACAAAUCCUCUUCUUGUUUUUAACUUAUUGUUCUACCAGCACAUGUUUUUGUUCUGGAUAUUUGCUUUUUUUUUCUAGGAUCUAAAUAAAAUGAGAAGUGCAUUACCAUGACUUGA